AUGUAUAAUAUUCUUUAUUUAACAAUAUUACUUUCUUCAAUAUUUUUUCCAAUUUCAUUAACAUCAUCAACAAAAAAUAAUGGUUUCCAAAAAUUUGAAAAUUUACAGUUAAAUGAAAAAAGUUAUCAAAUAAUUCAUAAACUUCAUAUUAAUUGGUACCUUAUUUCUGUUAAAAGUUUAUUAGCACAACUAGGAAAAGAAGUUUACAAUGAUUUAGAUAAUGUAGGAAAAAAAAUUUUUAUUAAUUGUUUGGAUAAUAUUAAUAAUGAAGGAGAUUUAACAGAAUCAGCACAAUGUCUUAUUGAUGGUAAAAAAAGACUUGAUAAAUAUAAGAAGAUGAAACUUAAUUUUAUCAAUUAUCAAAAAGGAUUUUAUAGGAGAAGAUUUGCCAGAAGUCCCUAUAGAUUAAUUGACAAAAGUAUUACAUCAUCAGAAUAUACUCCUAAAGUAAAACCAAUAAAAAUAAAAAAGAUGUCUUCUUAUAAUUUAUUAGAUAAACGUGAAAAAUCACCUGUAGCAAGGGUAAGUGAUUUGAUUCUUAAAUUUGUCAAAAAAAAUCAAACAAGUGAUUCUAAAAAACAAUUUAAGUGGAAAAAUACUUUAAAAAAGAUACAAAAUGUUAAAAAGAUAAUGGAUGAACAAAAAAAAUUACCAGGUGCAAAACCAUAUACACUUAGAAUGUAUGAUCUUGUUUUGGAAAAUGAUGAACCAACAGAAUCACCAAAAGAAAAAAAAUCUUUUGUUUCUAGAGCAAAAAGUUUAUUAAGUCUAUUUUUUAAACUUUCUGGUGAUGAAAAUGAAGAAAAAAGAGAAGAAUCAAAUGUUAGAUGGUUAUCACCUAGAAUAGCACCAGUUAUGCCUGAUAAAGCUAAAGCUGUAAAUCAAAAAAGUUUCCUAUCUCCAGAUAUUUUAUCUCUUUACGAAGAAGAUAAUGAAAUUACUGAUAAAAAUAACCAUCAACAAGAAAAUAGUUUAAUAAAUGUACCUAAAUUACUAUCAAAUACUGGUAUGUCUAAUCAUGAUAAGGAUAAAUUUAUUGAAAUGUUAAUGGAAGUUUCUGGUGCAACAAAAUCAUUUGAAGAGGCUAAUAGUAUUUUAAAAGCAUUACAUUUCUUUGAAACCAAAAAUGAAAUAAUGGAUGCUAAUGAAAGAGUUAUAAAUUCAUUUAAUAAAUUAAAUAAUUCAUUAAAUUUCUAUCAACAAAAUGAUAUGAAAAAGAAAGGAUUUACUUUUAUUGAAGUUGAUCAACUUGAUCGAUUAUUACAAGAUCAAGGAGUAAAAAAUGAUUCUAAGAUGUAUGAAGAAUUAAAUUAUUAUAGAAAUAUGAAUAGAAAUGAUAGAGAAUUAUCAUUAUGGAUGAAGAUUGAAGAAAUUGCAAAAAAUGGAUCAAUGUUUUAUGGUAAUAUGAGAUUCAAAAGAACAUUACCUGUUAAUGUUUUAAAACCAACAGUUCUUUCACCUUAUAUGUUUACACCAAUUCUUGGUCUUACAGUUCUUGGUCCAACAAUUUUAUCACCAAGUUUAUUUUCACCUCUUAUUCUUAAUCCAGCUGUCCUUUCUCCAUAUAUUUUAUCACCAGCAAUUGGUAUGCCUUUCAUUCUUAGUCCAUAUCUUUUAUCACCAUAUAUAUUAUCACCUAUUAUUAUGGCUCCAUUUAUAUUAAAUCCAUAUGUAUUAUCACCAAAUAUUUUAAAUCCAUAUGUUCUCUCACCCUUGAUUCUUUCACCACUAGUCUUAUGUCCAGAUAUCCUGUCUCCUCAGGUUUUAGGUGGAGCUAUCUUAUCUCCUUCAGUACUCUCUCCAGCUGUUGCUACAGAGUCAGCAUUAAUGGCUAAUGUUUUAUCACCUACAUUUCUUUCAUAA